AUGCCAUACCCGCCAGCGAGGUUCCUUCAACCCAAGGAUGAAGAAUCACGAGUGUCACCGGUUAAGCACGAGGAUAGUGAAGAGUCCGUCGCUUCAGUGAACGCGGAUGCUGGAACGAAGCGAGGUCCUUAUGGUGGUGGUUCCCGUUGGAUAUUCAUCACGAAGGUUGGUCCAAGGCCGAGGAAGAAAGCACGGGGUGGGGAGGUCGAGGUUCCGAAGAAGGACUCUGCGGGGCAAGAGGGGCAGAUGCCUCCGAGACAGGACCCCACUAAUGCUCAGUUGGCCCAGGCUAUUGCACAGCUGGCGCAAGUUGUCGCCCAGCAGGUUGUCGUUGCUACGGCUCAGACGACAGCCCAGGCACAAAGGGAGGCUGAAGAGAAUAAUAGAAGAGCUGAUGAAGAUGCUAGGAGAGCUCAGCGGGCCGAGAGAGAAUUGGCCCAAGACCAGAUCCGUAUGAGGACGGAUUUCAACCGACAUGCACCGCCCAAGUUUCAGGGCGAAGCUGAACCUGAGAAGGCUGUUCUUUGGGUUCAGGAUACGGAGAAGAUCUUUGAGGCUCUCCAUACACCGGAUGCCGAGAAGGUUAACCUGGCAACUUUCAUGCUGAAAGGUGAUGCUGAAUACUGGUGGCGAAGUGCGAAGCAGUUGAUGACGGCCAACCAGGAAGCCAUUAAUUGGGAGUCCUUCAAGAAGGCUUUCAUGGACAAAUACUUCCCUGAGACAGCAAGGGAAGAGAUGGAGAACAAGUUCCUCAGCUUGAGGCAAGGGGCUAUGACAGUAGGGGAGUAUGUUGCUCGUUUGGAGACCCUAUCAAAACAUUUCCGCUUUUUCCAGAAUCAGGUGGAUAAAGCCUACCUGUGCAACCGUUUUAUGCGAGGGCUGAGGAAUGAGAUUGAGAAGGCUGUGAGGCCUUUGGGAAUCAGAGUCUACCAACAGCUGGUUGAGAAGGCUCGUGAAGUUGAGGCUAUGGAGAACCGACAGAGAGGCCGUACAGAGAGUGGAGUACCAUUGCGCCCGGGACAGAACCAGCCGGGAAGAUUCAGUGGGCAGAGAUCAGUAGGGAAGUUUGAUAAGGGCAAGGCGCCAAUGAGGAAGCCUUACCAGCGCCCAGUCGCCCAAGUGCCAAAUACUGUGAGGGGAGCAGCCCCUGUUUCAAAGGAAGAUGUGACCUGCUACAAGUGCAACGAGAAAGGACACUACGCCAAUGAAUGUGGCAAAGAGAUUGCGAGCAACGAGAAAGGACACUACGCCAAUGAAUGUGGCAAAGAGAUUGUGUGUUGGAGGUGCCGGAAGCCAGGACACGUGGAGAGAAACUGCCCAAGUGCUGCUAAGACAGAACCAGUGCUGAAUACCGCUAGAGGGAGACGACCAUCUGCUCCAGGUCGUGUCUUUGCUAUUUCAGGCGAGCAGGCUGCUGUUACUGAUGACCUUAUCCAGGGUACGUGUCUUAUUGCUGGAACAUCACUGAUGGUUUUAUUUGAUUCGAGUGCUAUGCACUCAUUUAUUGCGGAGGAUUGUGAGAAGAGAUUGGGGUUACUGACUGCUGACCUACCCUUCGAUCUGGUGGUGACAACCCCUGCCGCCGAUCGAUUAGUUACACGCACGGCAUGCUUGCAAUGUCCGUUGAUUUACGAGGAUCGGAAGUUCUUUGCGAACCUCGUCUGUUUAGGGCUCAAGGAGCUGGAUGUGAUUUUGGGAAUGGAUUGGUUAGCGCAAUAUCACGUGCUCUUAGAUUGUGCUAACAAGGCUGUAGUAUUCCCAGAUCUCGGCGUUACGGAUUACUUAAAUUCGUACAACUUGGGGAAGGGUUCACCGGCGUAUGUGAACUCUAUCGUUGCCGAGGCGAAACACGAUGGUGAUGUGCGCAAUACCUUGGUGGUACAGGAGUAUGACGAUGUGUUCCCAGAAGAUGUACCCGGUUUGUGA